AUGCCAGCCAUCCGCCACGCCUCGAAGCGCAAAGCUCCUCCCCAAGGCUACAGUGACAUCGAAGAUUCCCUCCUGGUCUACAGCAACAAAAUGAAAGAUGCCAUUGCGGCCCCACCAUCCACCGGUCCCCGCCAUCAAGCCACAUGGGAGAUCACACAGGUAAAUCAUCAGCGGAGUAAAUACGUAUGGGACAUGUAUUGCGAGGAGAAGAUUAGCAAGGCAUUGUAUGACUGGUGUGUCAAGAAUGGCCAGUGCGAUGCGACGUUGGUCGCAAAGUGGAAGAAAGAGGGCUAUGAAAAGUUAUGCUGUCUCAAAUGCGUUCAAACGAAAGAAACAAACUUCAACUCUACCUGCAUAUGCCGGGUUCCAAAGGCGGAUUUGAAAGAGGAUCAGGAGAUUCAAUGCGUUAGUUGCGGUUGCAGAGGUUGUGCUUCGAGCGAUUAG